AAUGUAGUAAAACAAUAUGGCGUUACUAUCAUGUAGUACCAUUAAGACAGACAAUUUUUAUUGAUUUAUGUAUUUGUUAUGUAGCUGAGGAAAUCAUUUGCAUACGCACAUACUGUACGCCUUAAAUCAUGCACGAGAAGUCGCGGGGCUGGAUAACCUAGCAAAUGACUUGAGGGGGAACGAUGGAGUCACCGCCUACCUGCUCUACGUGGUCAGAAGUAUUUCCAACAAGCGACGACAGUGGACUGCUGCUGACCAGUGGGCACAGUGGCUCCAUCUCCAGUGGCAGUGGUGGUGGCCAGUUGCCACUCGAGUUUUCAAAACUUGAUGUCUUUCAGCUCCUCGAGAGCGACGGAGAAGAAAAGUCUCUUUCGCAAGAUGACUCCCUGGACUACUCGGACGGCAUGUGUGGAGAGAAUUUCAAUACACUGAAGAAAGGUCCUGGCUGGCCUGACCUUCCGGGAGAUGGCUGCAAGCAUGUGAUACCUAUCGAUCCCCCACCAGAGUUUCAGGACAGCCCUCCAGAAUCACUACUGAAGUUUGAGCGAUGUCUGGAAAGGUUUGCAUUGCGCCUUGUGGCUGCCGUUUUAGAAGAAGCACUUCGUGUGUCUUCCAAAUCUGUGGUGCAUCUGGAAAGUGUGAAACCUGACAACAGUCCAAAGAAGGUGCAAGUGACAAAUGUUCAGCAGCAGUUCCGCAGUCGAGCGCGGCUGUGUUGGACCCCUGAACUGCUUGCAUUCAGCCCCUGUCACCGGCCCAGUUCUCGAAGUUCACUUUCAUCUUCGCGGCUUUCCAGCUCACACAAUUCAUUAUCGGUUCCCGCAGCAAAUCGUGCCGACGAUUCGAGCUUCAUCACUUCUGCUAUGUCACAUGAUGUUCUCACUGCUGGUGACAUCAGUGAUGUGUAUAAUGUGCCGUUUGAUAGUGACAUAUACGCGGUACCUGUAGACGUGGUGCGCCCCGAAGUGAGAGUACCACCCAGUAGGCCCAAGCGACACCAUCGGAAACCGCGAAGAAGACACACCUCGUCAUCUGGAGUAGGUAGUGCAAAGUGUGCACCUGGCAACACUGGCUGUAGAAGUGGAAAGCCCACACCCCCUGUGAGUGUGUGCUCAGGAGGGGGAUCUGGAGGCGGCAGCAAACGGCACAGUGUUCCUGGUACAUCAAAACGUCGAGUUGCCGAGCCCGUCCACAUGACUCUCCAUGAAGUGAGGCAGUACCUACAGAAUUUGUAUUCCAGUUCUAGUGACUCUUCAGAAAACAGACCCAUUUCGAAACACCGUCAGACUGGCAACACUGCUCCUUCAGUUACAAAUACAUUCGGAACUGUUUCUGGGAGUACCACAGAUGCUGCUGAUAUUAGGAGAAAUAAAAAGAACAAUUUUGUAAUAAAUAUUAAAAAUAAGAAAGCCAAAGAAUCAUGUGAUAUUGUACAGGACAGGGGAAAUAUUAAGAAUGAAAAUUCUGUUUGUGAAAAGGAAAAACAAAAGAAAUCAUCUGGUAGACAUAGCUUUACAAUGAGCUUGAAGCAAACACUUUGCAACAUAUUUAGAUUUCGAAAAUUUUCCUCGCCUGACCGCAGUGUGAUCAAGCGGGAACCUGUUGCACAACAACCGAAGCCUUCAGUUGAACCUUGCAAGAUAUCUAAUGGCACGGUUAAUUUGGAAGGAAAACCACCGUUCCUUAGACGGGCUCUUCCACCGCUUCCAGCUGUAACAUCAAAUGAUGCUUCAGAAACAAAUGGUGCAAUGGAUGCAACACCAUUGCCCUCUCCCGAUGAUGGACAGUUAAUAAAUGAAGAUGAUGAUGAUGUGGAAAUUGCAGGAGAAGAGUUGAGCAUGGACUUUGCUUCCAGUAUAGAAAAAGUGAAAGAUUACGGUUGGUAUUGGGGUCCAAUUUCUGGAGAGGCAGCUGAAAAAAUUCUGUCAAACGAGCCUGAUGGGUCAUUUAUUGUUCGUGAUAGUAGUGAUGAUCACUACAUCUUCUCACUCACUUUUAAACUGCAUGGUUGCAUUCGUCAUGUUAGGAUAGAACAUGAUCAAGGAAAUUUUAGCUUUGGAAGUUGUACAAAAUUCAAAAGUCAUACUAUUGUGGAUUUCAUCGAAAAUGCAGUAGAACACUCAAGAAGUGGGCGUUAUUUAUUCUUUCUGCAUCGUAGACCAGUACUGGGCCCGAUGCGAGUGCAGCUAUUGCAUCCGGUGUCUCGCUUCAAGCAAGUUCAAAGUCUGCAACAUAUGUGUAGGUUUGUUAUACUGAAACUAGUACGGCGUGACUUGAUUCACACCCUGCCACUGCCUCGCCGAGUCAUAGACUACUUGAACACCCCUCACUACUACAGUGAGCAGUUGCUGGAAGAUGAACGCAGUUCCUCCCCCUCUGCAGACGCUCAAGUGGAACUGAUUUCUUUUGUACCCCACCACGUCUCUUGAGGUUGCUGCCUUUAGUCAUCAACGAUUUGUCAUGUCUCUUGCUAAUGUGUUUUAAAUCUGUACGUGUAACUGUUAUUGUUUUGUAUCAAAUAUGAGUUGCUGUAUGAGCAGCAUAAUGUAAUUGUAUUAACGUUGGCUCUUUCUUUGAAAGAGCAAAUCAUGCCAAUACAGUAAAUGUCUAGAUAAUAGAAUUGUCACUGUGAUAUAACUUUUAAGAACUUCUGCUCUAUGUGGAGCAUUGUCAGAAGACUUAAGGUUUAGAUUUGGGUAUUUUCCUCUUAAAUUAUGUUUUCCGGUGCGUUAUUUAGGACAAGACAAACAGUUGUUUUGUGUCCUAAAAGUUAUGUAUGUAUGGUGGCUAAACAUUUAAAUCAUUUAAUUGUGUGCUACAUGAUAGCAAAUGUUUGAAAGUAUUAUGUGUACUUCAAAAAUGUGUUAGAAUGUGUUAUUUUUGUACUAUUAAAUGUGUGUUUGAUGCAUGGUGAGUUUUCUCUUUGCAAAAGUGUUUCUAAACUUUAAGUGUAUUACUUUUAUUUCAUGAGAAAAAGAAUUUCCUGUAAUAUACCAAAGCCAUCAGAAUUCUGAGUAUCAAUUCAGAUUCAAAUAUGAUAACAAAAUAUUUAUUUCUGUGUAUCGUUUUAAAGACAUAGCUCAUUUAAUAUUUAAUUUUGGCUACAGAACAGGUUUACGUACUCUGAGAAUGUGAGGGUAUCUUGGUGCUACACGACAGUUUUUUAUUACUUUAAUUCAGAUGUUGAUUACAAUUUGUCCUAUACUUGCUGCCAUUGACAUAUUGUAAAAUAGUGUAUCACUAUGCCUCAUAUGUGGUUUAUUCUAAAGAGUAAUGUGUUUCAAAGUGAAUUAAUUAACAGUUUUGAUUUACAGUUUCUAAUUUAUUUCUUAUGGAAUAAUGCUCUACCAUAAAUAAUUGCUUUCAUUGCAGUUAUAAAUUGUUAUUUCUUCGUACAAAUAUUGUUGAAAAUAUCUGGCUUACAUGUCUUUUCAGGAAGCAAUUUCCAUGGUGUCUUGACUGAUACAUAUUCCUAACUAGUUUUUAUCCCCCUCACUUAUUUAUAUGUAGGAAAUACAGAAACUGUAUUUUCAUGACUGUUCCAUGAAGAAGAUUCUGUUUAUAACAUAUGUUUUCUAAAACCUAAUUUGAAGAUUUUUUAGCUAUACAGUUACAAUUUUUUAUUUCAAAUAUGUCUCACGACAAAGAUUUUGAAUCAGUAGUACCUGUACCAUUGUAGUAACUGCAGUGCAAUACCAGUCACAAUUUACAUUCAUAAUGGCUUUCCAGUUCAUUGUUUCAUACUGAGCCUGUUGACGCUGCUACAGUGUUGUGAUAUUUUGAACUAAAGCUAAAGUUUAUGUGACUUAAAAUAUACUGUCCAGAAUGAUUUUUGUUACCUUCUUUUCUAUUUUGUUCUAUUAUUUGUGUUCAUAUGAAUAUUCAUGUUAUGAAAGAUAAAUAUUUUCUAAUAUGAAUGAAUCACUUGGUAUAUUAAUUAUACUCUUUCUUGUCCUUUAUUAUUUUGUACAUUGUGAUGUUCUUUACUAGAUUAGGUUUAGCACUGAUUGAAUGACCUUCCAGUGGCAGAACUUCUAAACCACAUUUACAAUCACACUUAAAAAUUGUGAUAUUUGGCUGCUGACAAUUCUGUUUAAAUAUUUUGCAAGUCACUGUGGACUCCAGGUUAAGGGAUGCUUGUUAUUGUACUGUAUUUUGGAUGUUUCUUAUCCACCUUCCUCCAUUUCACAUAAUUUGUUUUAUAUGUGAUAGUUGUUCUCAUUUGUAGACUUUUUUUCCAAUAUAAAUAUUGUGCUGCCAUUUAUAAGAGCCAGCAGUGCCUCCCCCUCUCUACACUCUUUCUUCUCUUUGUGAUUUUGCCUUUGAUAGUUAUGGCACUGUCCAUAUAUUGAAGAAAAGAGAGGAGAAAAAGUAAAGAUGGGAACUGUCACUAAGCAGUUCCAUUUGAAUGCCUAAUGUGGCUAAUUUUCAUGGUAUAAUGGCAGUGCACUAAUAGGUUUAAAACUCUCCCCUCCCCCAACAGUCUCUCUCUCUCUCUCUCUCUCUCUCUCUCUCUCUCUCUCUCUCUCUCUCUCUCUCUCUCCCCCCCCCCUCU